AUUCUCCCUUUUUCACCAUCUUUCUCGCAUUCAUAUAAUGCAUGUAAUGUAAUAAUUUUUAAUUUAAAGCCCUAACCCCCAUUGUCUCCCUUCUUCAUGGUUUUUGUUUUUCUUUAAUGGAGGACAAGGAAGAACGGGAACAAAAAUGUCUGAUAAAUGAACUAUUACAAGGAAGAGAGCUAGCUAUGCAACUCCAAGCCCAUUUAAACCUUCCUUCUUGUAAUGAAACUCGUGAAUUGUUAUUACAAAAGAUCCAAGCUUCUUAUGACAAGGCACUUUCAUUGCUCAACUACAAAGCAAUCGGUACGUCGGACACGAUCGAUCCGCAGCCGCAAAGUCUCCCCGUUCGUGACGAUGCCGCCGUGCAAAGGUAUAGCGUAAAAAAAACACAUACGUACUUAUUAUUUCACGCGGUAUACGUUAAUUAUGUGUAUUCCUGUGCGUGUAGAAAAAGUCUGGCGAGAUGGACGCACCAAGUCCGAGUAAGGCCUGGUACUGCAACGGAAGGAAAUCUUGAUGAUGGCUUUAGUUGGAGGAAAUAUGGACAAAAAGACAUUUUGGGAGCAAAAUAUCCGAGAGGAUAUUACAGGUGUACCCAUCGGAAUGUUCAAGGUUGCUUGGCGACCAAGCAAGUUCAAAGAUCAGAUGACGACCCGACGAUCUUCGACGUUGCUUACCGUGGAAGGCACACUUGUAGCAACAACAAUCAAGAACAAGGAACCAGUACCAUAGAGCCAUACCAACAGCAACAGCAUAUUGGUAACCAAACAUACCCUUUGCUCCCUAAUUACCUUUCGUUGAACAGAAAGGUCGAAAACGAUGUCGGCGACGGUAAUCUUGAGACGGGAAAUCUUUCGCCUACGUCAUCGUGUCCGAAUCCGAUGGGGGUGAUGAACAAUGGUAGUACUAGUGUUGCCAUUGAGUCUGAGUUUACUGAGAUUAUUCGAGCUGCUACUUCGGCGAUGAACGCUCCUACUGUCGGGUUGGAUUUCCCGUUCGGUAAUGCUGAAUUGGAUCCGAAUUUCACAUUUGAUGACCAUGGUUUCUUUUCCUAAUUCUAAAUCUCUGUUGCUUAUCUAAUUUCUCUAAUUUCAUGUUAUAGUUUUCUCUGAUUUAAAAUUAUCGAAAAAUACUUUGUUGGUGAUAUGUAAGUGAAUAAUUUACUUAUCAAAACAAGUAAUUAAAUA